CAGCUGAUCUAAGCCUGCUGCAAGUGAUAAAAUAUAUGAUAUCGGCGCUAUGUAGCGGAAUAAUGUUUUGUUUUUUGUUCUCUUAUAUAAUAUUGACAGUUUGCACGAAAUGUGUACUCUGCAUAUAUCAUGAAAACACGCACUGUAGUACGUUAGACGAUUGUGAGUACAAGCCUCACGGACCACUGGUCCUCUGCAAAAACUUGCCAUUAGAUUUCCUACAGUGCUCGGAUAUUUUGGACCUCCAAGGAAAUGAAACUGCGCGGGAAGAGCUGGGCUACGGCUGCACCAAGUUUGGAGGAUCAAAGUACGAGGACGUCCAGUUUACUGCAGUCAACUGUUCUGUUCUGCCAAAUAUUGAGUGUUACGGCAACCGCACUUUUUUAAAAGACGGCUUUCCGUGUAUUAAGUACACUGGGCACUACUUCACCACAGCGCUUCUUUAUUCAAUACUGCUAGGCUUUUUGGGAAUGGACCGCUUUUGUUUAGGCCACACAGGCACAGCAGUUGGAAAGCUGCUAACACUUGGUGGCGUUGGCAUCUGGUGGAUAGUUGAUAUUGUUUUAUUAAUAUCUGGCAAUUUGAUGCCACAAGAUGGUAGUAAUUGGAUGCCUUCUGUAUGAAAAGUAUUUGUUGUUGCUUGCUCUCCAUUAAAGUGUUUUUCUUCAUUCCUUGGAAAACCAUUGUAAACACUGUCAAUUUAGUUAAUUACUUAGUAAUAUCUGCUGGUUAAUUAAUAUGCUAUGCAAAAAUGACUAUGCAUUGCAGAAAGCAUGUAGUCUGUUCAUUAUAAAUUGGCUUCAGCAUCUGCACACACUGUCUUGACCUUGUAAUUUUACAUUAUUUGUGUUUAACAAAUGGCAGGAAUUUAUUAUAUUUAUUUAUUUAUUCAAUACUGUGGGCCUUUUCAGGCCUAUACAGGAGAGGGCGUACAGAGCAAAUAACACUUCAUAUCGCGAAGAUGAAAGGAAAAGAAAAAUAACGAUAUAACAGUAUAAAGCAAUAAACGAACAAUGCACAUGUGUUUCACUAAAAAAAAACCACUUAGCAUGAUAACAUCAAUGGUAAAAUUGAUAUACAGAUGCAGGCGGUUAAGCACAUGUAGCAAUGUGCGAGCACAUGCGCGAUACACUGUUUCAUAGAAG